UUUGACGUCAAAUCGUCGAUUUCAACUUCUCGGAGACAUCAUCACAAAUAUCUUUCCAGACUUGAGAGCAUACACAGAAUGUCUUAUAACACAAGGAAAGUCUCAGCCGAAAUCAACAGAAUUCUCUUCGUCAAGAAUCUGUCCUACAACGUUACCUCAGAAGAGCUAUAUGAUUUAUUCGGAAGAUUUGGCUCAAUAAGACAAAUCCGUCUCGGCAACGCCCAGGGCACAAAAGGAACCGCCUUCGUCGUCUACGAUGAUAUCCAAGACGCCAAAACCGCAUGCGACAAACUCUCCGGUUUCAACUUCCAGAGCAGAUAUCUAGUCGUUCUCUAUCAUCAGCCUGACAAGAAUAUGCUAGCUGCUGCCGCCGCUGCCGCUUCGGGUGGGUCGACUACGAAUGGAGCUGAUAGCGCGGAUGCGAUUGGAGCUACACCCAGACGUCGGAUGCAGUAGUAUUAUUUAGUGUCGCUUGCGUUAUCGUUUUCAUUAUCUGUAAAAGGAGUUUUUGGGUUCUGGGAUUUUGUACAAUAUCGAUAUAUAAUCAACAUAGCUUAAUUUGUUCAAAGCAU